AUGGAGACGGCGCACGAGGUCGCCAUUUACAUCGACCGCUUCCACAAUCUGGACCUGUUCCAGCAAGGAUGGUACCGCAUGAAGAUUAGUGCCCAAUGGGAGGACGACGAGAAUAAUAGAGCACCGAUCUCGCCGGCCAGGGUCACGCAAUACGAAGCUAUUGAUAUUGGUGUGAAGAGCUCAUUUGGCUUUUGGAAAAUAGACGAUGUUGACAAUAGCUUCUAUACACAGCCAUUUCUUGUUAAAUAUUCUAGGCAAGAUAUUUAUCUAUCAGUUAUGGUGUCCUUCUACAUACCCAACAGCGAAGACGAGGGUCCAGCAACUUCUUCUGUUAUAUUGAAGUUCGAGCUCAUAUAUAUCCCAACACUGGGGAAUGGGUGGACUGAAGUUCAAGAUUCAAAUGAUGAUACAGAUUUGAUCCCUGUCCAUGAAUUUAGGAUCCCACAUAGAGCACUCCUGGGCUUACACUCAUAUUGCCCUGUCCAUUUUGACGCUUUACACUCGGCACUUGUGGAUCUGACAAUACACAUAGUGUACCUGAAAGCCGCUGUGACUAAAUCAUCAUCACUGAAGCCGCUGGAACAAAGUUUUGGCUCAAAGUCAUAUGAUAUUGUGAAGGCAUCACUAAUUUCUAGGGAAAUACUUCUUGAAGAAGUGAAGAAGAUCAGUAAUGCUAUUGGUAACACUCUUGAGGAUUUAGAUCACACUGAUUUAACCCUUGGUAAAUAUGAGACAAUUCAACAAUCAAAGUCAGGUUCGCCCAGUUACAAUAAUGGGCAAGGUACACCCACAAAGUGUAGUCCCCAGAUGACUGUCUUACGUGAUUUUCUUGAGAGUUCUGGUGUUGUGGUUGGAAGCACUGAUGAUAUCUUGCUGUAUACUCUAUCCGAGGAGGAAUUGUUUGAACUAUUUCAAAUUGUGAGCAGACAACUCUCAUUUAUAUGGAAUGAGUUCUUGAAAUUUCACAGAACACAUAAAGUCAAGAUAUUGGAUUAUUUGCAUGAUAUGUGGGAUAUUGAUCGGAAAGCAGAAUGGUCAAUAUGGAUUAUUCAUUCAAAGAUUGAGAUUCCACAUCGCUAUUUGAGAAGCAUGAAUGAUGACUCUCCUCGCCAUUUGAUUCGGAUUUCCAGUUCACGAAAGGUCCAUCAUGAUCCUAUACAAAAUUCGAUGUCACAGGCUGAACUGCACAGGAAAAGUAUAGCACAAAUGAAGAUUAACACGCCGUCUGUUCAAGAUAUGCAUAUUUAUGCUGAUCCUUCAUGUAUACCUGUUGUCCGCAUAGAGCAGCAUGUAAUGGUUAUUCCGCAACAUUGUUCUAGCAAGGAUUUUCUAACAGAUGGUUCAGAACCCGCGGGUACUAAUGUGCCACCUCUACUACAAGGACAAUCAUUGGAGGAAAAAACUUGUGGUUUCAAGAGUGGCCACAUUUUACGAGCUGUCAUUUUUGUGCAUGGAUUUCAGGGACAUCAUUUGGAUUUACGCCUUGUUAAAAACCAGUGGCUUUUGCUUGAUCCUGGAGCUGAGUGCCUACUGUCUCAGAUAAAUGAGGAUAGAACGUCUGGAGAUUUUAAAGAAAUGGGUAGAAGGCUCGCUAAUGAAGUAGUGUCAUUCCUCAAAAGAAAGGUGGACAAGUAUUCCAAAAAUGGAGGUUGCAAAGAGAUUAAGCUCAGUUUUGUCGGUCAUUCUAUUGGGAACAUUAUCCUCAGAAGUGCCCUCACAGAACCCAAAUUGGAGCCAUUUCUGAAGAACCUAUAUACAUACAUGUCCAUAUCGGGGCCUCAUUUAGGUUACUGGUACAGCCCAAAUUCCUUGUUCAAUUCUGGCCUCUGGCUCAUGAAACGGCUCAAGGGAAUGCAGUGCAUGCAUCAGCUCACUUUCAGUGAUGACCACGACCCACAGAAUACAUUCUUUUACAAGCUCUGCAAGCUGAAGACUCUGGAGAACUUCAAGAACAUCAUCCUGGUAUCAUCACCGCAGGAUGGUUAUGUCCCAUAUCAUUCAGCAAGAAUCGACCUCUGCCACGCCUCGUCGUCAGAUAACUCAAAACGUGGGCAGGUGUUCACUGAGAUGCUGAACAACUGCUUGGACGAGAUCCGGGCACCAACAUCGGAAACACGGGUAUUCAUGCGUUGUGACGUUAUAUUCGACCAGUCCGCCCAAGGGCGGAACCUGAACACCAUGAUCGGCAGAGCUGCACACAUAGAGUUCUUGGAGAAUGACAUCUAUGCCAGGUUCAUCAUGUGGUCCUUUCCAGAGUUGUUCCGAUGA